AUGGAACUCUAACAACAAAAAAGUGCUUUGUUUGCAUAAUUCAAUAAUCAUAUUAAUGACAAAGGAAAUUUGAUAGAAUAGCUCAAAGAGUUAUCUUAAAAGGAAGGAUAUGGCUUGAAUUCCAUCUCUGAUAAUUUGUAUUCUAUUGAAUUCGAGUGUAAGUCUCCUGAAGCUGCUAUCGAAUCCCUCAAAGCUGUCAAUGGAAUUACUGUCUCUAUCCCUCACAAGACUAUCUCCCUCUCCACAAGUAAAAUCACUUAAAACUACCUCUAAAGAAAGCUCAAGGUGCCUAUUGAUUCUUUAGAGCUAGCUAAUGGUUAAGCUCAUAUUACUUUUGAGACAAUUGAAGAUAAGUAGGAAGCUUUGAAAAAAAUAUUUGCUGAUAGAAAAUUAAAGAAAUUAGUGAUUUUAGAUUCAUUAACUACUCAUAUAUAAAAUGACUUGUCUACUGAUAAUUCAAGCUUUUCUAGCAGAAGUUCUAUUGAGUGCUCUCCAUUAAAAGUUGAUCAACCAAUAAAUGGCAAGAGAAGAGGUCAUUUACUCAUUGAAAACGUUCACGAUGAAGUUAUCUAGCAAUACAAUGUCUAAUAAAACUCUGAUGAGGAAUAAGGAAAAGAAGAAGAACUGUCUUUAUCUCUUGAGAAUGAGAACAUAUAGGUUGAAGAUAAGAAAGAAGAGAAGUAAUUAGAUGAAUCAGAAAAUUAAGAUUCUGCUUUAGAGCCUUAGAUUCAAAAGAAGCGCAAGCUCGAAUAAGGAUUUUACUAUUUGGAAUAAGGUUUUGAAUAUGUUUUACUAAUUACUUUAAUGACCAUACUUGCUUUGAAAUUAUUCAAAGGCAUCUCUUACUGA